AUGGUAAAAGGUAGUGGUUCUAGUGGUCGCCGCUCUCCAUCUAGCCCUUUACGCGCAUCCCAUGGCGAUGGUAGAAACUCGGUUUCAUAUAGCCCUUCACGCUCAUUCUAUGGCGGUGCUAGCGACUUGGAAAGGUCUGGUCGUCGUUACUCUUCAUACAGCCGUUCAAGGGCAUCCCAUAGUGAAGGUGGAAACUCAGUUUCAUGCAGCCGUUCACCCAGUUCCCACGGCAAUGGUAGCAACUCGGAAAGGGCUCGAGUCUCAGGACGGGAAAAAUCUCCGGGAACCCAUGGCGAUGGUAGGAACUCGAAAAGGGCUCGUGUCUCAAAAUCGGAUAAAUGUACGGAAACCUCCGGGAAUGAUAGGAUUAGUGCAUUGCCGAACAAGAUCCUGGUGCACAUCCUUUCAUUCUUGACAAUGGAUGAAGCUGUUGCCACAGGUAUUUUAUCCAAAAGGUGGGAGUACCUUUGGACCGAGAUUCCUAACUUGGUUUCGUGUCCUAAUGUUUUUUCGCUAGAGGUGUUAGGAUGUCUUGACACAAUAUUGCAGCUGACAGACACGACAUUCCAGGUUGAGGCCAAUCUUGAUUUCAACCUACGCGAAAUAGGUUCUGUUACCUCAUUGGCCUAUGAAAAUUGCCAAAAAAUGGUCCAAAGUCUGCUUGAAAGCCUUGGUAGUGUAGAAAAACUAUCAAUCGGAAGUUGGUUUCUCCAGGUACUAUCAACAAUGGAGAAAGGCAAUUUGCUUUGUCCAUCAUCACCCUGCAAAAGCUUGACACUAAAUGUGAGCAGAAGCAUUGAGAGAGAGGAUUUGUAUGGGAUUGUUUGCAUCCUUGAGAGUUUACCAAACCUGGAAGUUCUGACCUAGUUGUGAGCUCUGCCGACAGGCCAAAGUUCUUAAAUCAAUCAAUCCGCGACAAUUUCCCCAAGCUAAAUGGCUCAUUGAAUUGCUUGCAACAACAUCUCAAGACAGUGAGGGUAAUUAACUUCGUUCAAAAGGCACAUGAAACUGAAUUUCUAGAGUAUCUGCUUGAGAAUGCAGAGAAG